GAGAACUGCAUCGACCACUGUCACAGGAGCCGGGAGAAAGGAGUGUCUGUCUGUGCAGUGCCAAAGUUGUAGCUUGGUACACCAGCGCGCUGACCAUCUUAGACCUGCUGCGUCGGCACCACGGAAAGGCGCACAGCCCGCCAUGGUCUCCAGCACAGCCGGGCCGUCGUCCUCGUCAUCGCCAUCAUUAGGGAGCAGUAGCAGCUUCAACUACACCGUCGCCUCGCGCAUCAAGGAGCCAUACAGCAGCACGCCGUGUCCGUACACAGACUGCCGCGUGACUAUCGAGUACCUGCCUCCAUCUCCCGAGACACUGCGCGCGAACGUGCAGCCGCACCAGACGAGCUUCAGCGUGACAUGCUGCAAGUGCAGGCGCAACUUUGAGCCACCUGGCGCGCCGAGGCUCGUCAGGGAGGCGCGGUCCGGCGCGACUAGCGCCGGCGGGCAGAACGGCACGGUCGGUGAGCCGGUGAGGAAGAGGAGGAUAGGGACAGACGAGCGGCCGCUGGAUAUGACUUACUAUGACUGUCUCGGCGUGCCAGCGUCAGCCAGUCUCGUGGAGAUCAAGAAAGCGUACCGCAAGCUCGCGAUCAAACUGCACCCAGACAAGAACCCGAACGACCCAGAGGGAGAGGAGAAGUUCAAGCAGCUAGCCACCGCGUAUCAUGUGCUAUCAGAUCCUGAGCUUCGGCACAAGUACAACGAAUUCGGCGCCUCGACGCCAGGUCUGACGCCCGAAGAUGGCUUCGUCGACCCCGAAGAGGUGUUUGGUAGUCUCUUUGGCGGAGAGCGAUUCCAGGAUAUCAUUGGCACCAUCAGCAUUGGGCGAGACAUGAAAGAGGCGCUGCAGCAGGACUCAGAGGAGCUCGAAAAGCAAGCGAAUGGCACCGGGGCAGACGCUCCGGGCACGGUCUCCAAUGGCAAGGCGAAAGGCAAGCCAGAGCUCUCGCCUGAGGAGAAAGCGGCAAAGGAGGAGAAGGAGCGAAAACAGACCGAAGCAAGGGCCAAGCAGAGGGAGGAGAGGGUCAGCAAGCUCGCAGAGACGCUCAUCGCCAAGCUCAGCGUCUAUACCGAGGCCAUGAAAAGCCUCGAUGACCCCGACCACCAGCGAGCCAUCACGGAUAGUUUCCGCGGAAUGGAAAAAGAGAAGGCCGAGGAGCUCAAAGAUGAGAACUAUGGCGUCGAACUCUUGCACGCAGUCGGAUCGCAGUACACAGCCAAGUCGAAGCACUACCUCGCAGCGACCGGCAUGUUCGGCGCGCUGGGCGGCAUGUUCCACGGCGCCGCGAGUAGCGUGCAUGUCAUCCGCGAGACUGUCAGCACCGUCCGCGCCGCACUAGAGCUCAAGACGGUAUUCGAGGAGCUGUCCAAGGCAGAAGAGCAAGGUAUCACCGAGGAGAAGAAGAGGCAGCUGGAAGAAGCCGCUGCGGAGAAAGGCAUGCGAGCGCUCUUCAAAGGCGCAAAGCUCGAGGUGGAGAGCGUCAUCCGCGAAGUGUCAGAGCGCGUGCUGUUUGACGCUUCCGUGAACAAGGAGACACAGCGCCUGCGUGCGCAAGCAUUGGGCAUUCUCGGCGAGGUAUACAUGGGCGUUCAAAAGAUCCCUGGCGACGGCUCCUCGACGCCGGACGCCGAGUACGUGCGCGUCGACACGAGCAAUUCCAAGGCGCGUGACGCAGCCGCAACAGCAGCGACAGCGGCAUCAGGGCCGGCGCAUGGCCAGCCCUCUGCUACGGCAUCCUCGGAUGGCAAGCGGGCGUAUGAGCCCUACAACUGGCGAAGACCGGCGAAUGGCCCGUGAAGAGCAUGUUCCACCGGAUUCUGACCUGUCACGAUUGUUGUUUAUGCGAUGUAUGAGGUACGCCAAUGUGAUCAAAUGGCUCGCGCAAGAGACAGUCAAAAAGAGCUGAAUGGAUCAAUUGUAAAGAAACGAUGUGCGGUCAAUCUACAAAUGCACGAAAAUUGCUGGG